GAGGCUCGACUCCCCCACUCCUUCGAGCCGCCGGGCGCCGAGCGAGCCGUUUAGCCGGUAAUUUUCUCUCAAACACCAGCAAGCCUUCGCGCUGAGCACGCAGCUCUCUCUCGCUCGAGUGUCUGUGCUGGCUCCUGCAGCUCCGACUCGGCUCGCUCGUUUAACUCGCGCGCUCUUUCUCGCUCCGUCGUCGAGGAACUCUCAUGACUCAGAUCAACGCGAGUGCGCCGAUAUUUCUUCCGACGAACGCCUCUACGCCGAGUCAGCAGUGUCCGAGUGUUGCCUGCAGCAGUAGUGUCUCUGAUCGAUUUGUCGCGCAAAGUGCUCGUUCGUUGUACCAGUGCGCGUGAAUCACACGCCGAGAGGAAGACAGAGAUUGAGAGAGAUGCAGGCGCACAGGCCAGCAGCUGAACGAGACUCGAGAGGUGCGCUUGUGAUCGCCGAUCAGUGUUGAGUAUCGUAUAUGGUACACAGUGCGGUUGACACACAUCCACGAGGUCCGGAGUACGUAUUCGCAUCGGCUCGUCGGUUCAACAACGCCCACUGGACUCUUCGCGUGGACUCGAGGAAAAAAUGCGUGACACUUAAGCAAGUGCCGGAGCAGCAGUACUGCAGAGAGACACGCGCUCAGUCUCCGCUUCGCCCGAGUGUUUCGUAAAAGCCGUCAAGGUGAUCCUUAAGAUCGGAGGUGCAUCGCCGGGCGUCGCAUCGCCGCGUACGAUGAUGCCGCUCGCGCCGACGCCAAUAGUCCCCGUGCCCUCCAAGCCGAAGAUCGGCUUCAGCAUCGACUCGAUCGUCGGCGGUGGCCGAGGUCGCAAUGACGACGACAACGGCUCGACGACGAGGCUGUCCGACAGGCUGGACAUCGAGCGGGACGACGCCUCGCCGAUGGACGUAGUGGAAGGCGGCGGCUCUUCGUCGCCGAGUUCGCGGAAGCACGCGAGGCUCGCGAGCACCGGGGCCCGAUCGCCGGGGGCCCAUUCCGAGGAGUCGGACAGGCCACUCUCGAGGAGCUCCUCCGUCGAGUCAUACCCGAACUCGCGACGCACGCCAUCGAGUUCUCAUCACCAGCCGGCGCACCACCACUCGCUGACGCCGCAGCACCCGCACCACCGACUGAACCACCAGCAGCAGGUCCGAGGGGCGCAGCAGCAGCACCACCACCAUCACCUCGACUACAGCGCCAGGUCGCUGACGAACCGCAGUCACAGCGGCGGCUCGACGCCCAACGACUCGCCGAGUCCGCCGUCGCACAGGCGCAGCAGCGAGUCCCCGGUCCCACCGCCGGUGUCGGCGGCCAGUCAUCCGCAGCCGCCUCCCGGGGUCGUGAGGCCCAGUCCGAACUACCUGGGCGCACCGCCGGGCGCCGCCUCGGCCGCUGCGGCCGCCGUCGCCGCGGAGCAGCUCAAGAGCCUCUACGGACUGCCCGGUGCGGCCCACGCCGGCAGUGGGCCUCAGGCCCAGAGCGAGUACCACUCGCAGCACCUGGCCCUCGCGGCGAACAUAGCGGCGGCCCAGCACUUCCAGGCGGCGAACCUCGCGGUGGCGCUGCAGGCCCAUCACGGGCCCCCGCACGGGCCCUACCCGCACGCCGGCGCGCCCGGCGGCCCCCAUCCGCCGCCGCACCCUCAUCAGCCGCCCAGGGACAGCUAUCCGCUCUACCCGUGGCUGCUGUCCAGGCACGGACGCAUAUUUCCCCAGCGAUUUCCCGGAGGUCCGGACAUUCCGGGCUUCCUACUGCAGCCCUUCCGCAAGCCAAAGAGAAUAAGGACGGCGUUCAGUCCGUCGCAGCUGCUGAAGCUCGAACACGCCUUCGAGAAGAACCACUACGUCAUCGGGGGCGAGAGGAAGCAGCUCGCUCAGGCCCUCUCCUUGUCCGAGACUCAGGUGAAAGUCUGGUUCCAGAACCGGCGAACGAAGCACAAGCGGAUGCAGCAGGAGGAAGAGGCCAAGGCUCAGCAGCAGAGCAGCGGUGGCGGUGGCAAUAAUUCCAGCGGCGGAGCUAACAACAACUCGGGAAGCAACAACAACGCGAGCAACAAGAACACGCACCACGUGAGCAAGUGGCAGCAGGAGACGGCCGAUUACCACCACGAGGAAGACGACGAGCCGAUCGAUCCCGAAGCCGACGGCUGUUCCAGCGGAUCGGAGGCGUAGCUGGACGUCCUGUGCCUGGACUAAAGCCGGCACACCGAUACCUACCUACCUACUACUACUACUACUACUACUACUUCCUCUUAUUGUGAUCGGACUUUUUUCUUCUGUUCUAUUUUUUUUUCGACUGUACUCGAAGAGACGAUAGACAAGUGUGUGCCAGAAAAAUUUCGAAGCGGACGAGGAGGGCAAAAGUGUGUGUAUAGAAACUAUUACUACAUAUGUAUUUCUUGACUGCCAUAGGAUCGUAGAGCGACUACUCGUAUAGUGUGUGCCAAACGUUGUGUGUAUCGACGAGCGAUUAUACACGAGAUGUGUAUCGAGACAGCCCAGUGUAAUUAUUUACGAUGUUAGAUUAUGUAUAAGCGCGUGCGAUGCACAUCCGAAUGUCGACGAGCAGCAGUAUUUCCUUGAAGCGAAGCAUUAUAUAUAUAUAUUAUUAUUAUUAUUAUUAUUGUAUUGUAUCGACGACGUUACUUAAAUUAUUUAGAUAUAUUAUACAUAACGAUGUAGAAUCUCUCGCUCCCUCCCCGCACGGCACAGCAGCGGCGUCGAGAUUGCCACUGCUGCACUACGACAAAAGAGAAAGACAUGGCACGCGUUCGUUACCUGAUGAUACACACGAAAAGCAGCCGUGGACGCGAGUCUCGACGACGUUGCGCGCGACGUGUCGACUAUACGCGGGGGAGUGAGCGAGGCGAGCGUGUAAAUAACGUGUACAUAUGAAAAUGUGAUUUUACUCGAGAAUAACUCUCUCGUGUCCGCAUACUCGAGAGCAAGACGAUCGGAGCUCGAGAGGAGAUUUAGUUCGUGUUCUAGCGAUGAUGACUCAAUAGCUCGAAGGAUUAAUGAAAAAAGCGACGAAAAAUAAAUUAUAUCACGUCUCAUGAUAAAACCAAAACA